AUAAUUUUUGGAAUAUAAAAUUUGAUUCAGUAAAGAACUUUCGAUUCUCAUAAUCGCUUUAAUUAAUUUCAAAAAUAUUCGUUAAAUUACGUUAAAUGUUUGUAUUAGUUAAAAUAUACUGACAUACAUUUUUUAAAAUUAAAUGAAAGGGUACAACAGGGAGUCCAAAAGCUGCUACAUCCAGCCAUUUUCAAUUAGUUAACAGUUCAAUCGCUGUUGCAAGAAAGAUGGGAUUCGAUAAAGAGCGUGUGAUACUUUGCUUGCAAGUGCCACUCUUUCAUGCCUUUGGUUACAUUCUGGGACCAAUGAUGACAUUGCAGCUUGGAGGAAAGUGUGUCAUCCCUUCAGAGGUCUUUCAUGCUCCUUCUUCUCUGAAGAGCAUCCAAAACGAAAGGUGUACGUUAGUGUAUGGAGUUCCGACAAUGUAUUUUGAUAUGUUGAAACAUCUCUCCGAUUCAAAUUUUGAUCUCAAGAGCUGUAAAAAAGGUAUAAUUGGAGCAUCUCCUGUUCCUGAAUAUUUGGUACAAGAAUUAGAAAGAAGAUUAGGAAUAAAACUUAUGGUAUGUAUUCUUUUACGAGUGUCAUUUAAUUGUUUGCAACAUUCAAAUAAAUAAAAUAUUGAUACAAUAAAUCUUAUUUCCUGCAUGAUAAUAAGGUUAACUUUGGAAUCACGUGAGUUAACGUUUGUUUUUUUAUAAGCAGUGAAAAUGUUUCAAUCAGCAGAAUGAUUGUGCCAAUGGAUUAUUAUAACGCAACACUAGACAAUUUGCUAAGGUGAAGGCCUCGUUGGACUACUUUCUACGGGAAACUGGUAUCUAUUUAGGUGUUACAUGCGUAAAGGAAACUCGAUAAAUCUACGUAGCCGCUCGUUGGCAGGCGCAACGCCUGCCAACGAGCUGCCAAAAAUACUUAACACAGGCCCACGACCUCUGUUAAGCAUUUUUAUCCACUUGGCCAUUGAUAGGCAAUUGAUAUAUGUAAUGUUCGAUUUGUUGCCACUUUAACAGAAUAACGCAUAUUAAAAGAUAUCUAUAACAAAAUAGUCUUUUCAAAAAAAUUUUGAAUGUUUAUCAACUUAUUAUAGAAAGUUUCAAACAGAUAAAUGAUGUCUUUUCGAAAAAUAUUGCAGUAAUUUAUGUAGGAUUUUUAUAGACUACAAUUCCACACUGUUACAACUUUUUUUUUAUUACAGUCGACCCCCCCUAUAACACGGUAGAUACGUUCU